GAGCGUCGGUCCCCGUAGCCACGCCCCUUCCGAGGCCCCGCCCACGGGCCGGCCUUCCGCUUAGCACGCUCCAAGAUGGCAGCCCCCAUGGCGCGGUGCGGGAUCCUCCUGGCGCGGAAAGGUGCGCUGCCCCAGCUCUCCUGGGCAGGUAAAAGAUGCCUACUCUCCGCGGCAUAUGUGGACAGCCAACGAUGGGAGGCAAGAGAAAAAGAAGUGUGUCACCUUGCUGAUCUAGCAGCCUUAAUGGAUAAAACAUAUGACAGAAAGUUGCCUGUUAGUUCUUUAACGAUAUCCCGGUUUGUGGACAACAUUUCAUCUCGAGAAGAGAUAGACCAUGCUGAAUAUUACCUUUAUAAAUUUCGACAUAGCCCCAACUGCUGGUACCUGAGAGACUGGACUAUCCACACCUGGAUUAGGCAGUGCCUAAAGUAUGGUGCACUGGACAAAGCCUUGUAUACCCUUGUAAAUAAGGUUCAGUAUGGAAUUUUUCCAGAUAACUUUACAUUCAAUUUACUCUUGGAUGCUUUCAUCAAGAAAGAAAAUUACAAAGAUGCUUUAUCCGUGGUAUUUGAGAUCAUGAGACAAGAAGCCUUUGACGCACCUUCUACCCAGCUUCUCUCCCUCCAUGUCUUGUACCAAUGCCUGGCAAAGAAGAAGGACUUCAGUUGGGAAGAGGAGCGGAACUUUGGCGCCUCCCUCCUGCUCCCAGGCCUGAAGCAGAAGAACUCGGUGGGGUUGAGUUCCCAGCUGUAUGGCUUUGCCCUCCUCGGGAAGGUGGAGCUGCAGCAAGGGAUCCGCGCCGUGUACCACAACAUGCCUCUGCUGUGGCGGCCAGGCUACCUGGACCGGGCCCUGCGGGUGCUGGAGGACGUCGCCGCCUCCCCCGACGAUGGCGGGAAGCUGUGUAAAGAAGCGCUGGAUGUGCUGGACCGAGUGCUGGCAGCCCUCACGGCGCCAGCCGCCGAGCCUUCUGAGGAACAGCCCGAGGAGGGAGCUGCCAGGCAGGGGCCGGAAGUGUGGACAGAGCAGCUGGACAUAGAGGAAACAGAGCAGUCCAAGCUUCCCCGGUACCAGGAACGAUUCCAGGCCUUGCGGUCGAAGCUCCAGGCUUCAGGCAAAGUUGAGUCUGGAAGUCUCUUGACCCUGACGAGCGAGCUGGUGCGAGCACAGCUGCCCAGCUGCGAGGCGGAGGACAUCCGGGCCUACGAGCAGAGGCUGCAACAGUGGCGGCAGGAGCAGGUGCAGCUGAUCCAGAGGGAGCAGGAGCAGAGGGAGAAGGCGAAGCAGGAGCACCAGGCGCGCAGGGCUUCGAAGGUGUCUGCCUAACCGGGCGCAGACCCUGCCCAAGGACUUUCACAGUGACUCCCACCUUUUCUACAAGCACCAGGGUGGGGGUCCCAAGAGAGUACAGGGGUGGGGCUGGAGCGAUAGUACAUCAGGGAGGGUGUUUUGCCUUGCACGCGGUCGACCCGGAUUCAAUUCCCGCAUUCCAUAUGGUCCCCUGAGCACCACCAGGAGUAAUUCCUGAGUGCAGAGCUAGGAGUAACCCCUGAGUAUCGCCGGGUGUGACCCAAAAAGCUUAAAAAAAAGAGAGAGAGAGAGAGAGAGUACAGGGGUUAAGGUGCUUGCCUGGCAUGGGGCCAGCUCCAGCUCAGUUCCCGACACCACAUAUGCCCACCCGCUCUGACCCCACCCCUCAGCACAGAGCCAGGAAUGUGAGCGCCAUCACGUCUGGCCCCAAAGUGAAAAUAAAAUCCAGGGUGUUCUACAUAUGAAGGCUCCAGGCCACCUGUCCAGAUGCCAAGGAGGGCUGCAGAAAAUGGCAAGUUGUCAGACUGAAACCACCAGCUAACUAGCUUAAAUUAGGAGCUCUCAGGGACGCUGGUGGCAUUCAUGGGAGACAGGGCCUUUGUGAGCAUGGAAGGUUCCUGAUUUUGCCUCUCAGUGCAGUGGUGUGCUUUCAUUCAAAAUCAUGCCCUUUUGGGGCUGGAGUGAUAGCACAGCGGGUAGGGCGUUUGCCUUGCACGUGGCCGACCCGGGUUCAAAUCCCAGCAUCCCAUAUGGUCCCCUUCGCACCACCAAGGGUGAUUCCUGAGUGCAUGAGCCAGGAGUGACCCCUGUGCAUUGCUGGGUGUGACCCAAAAAGAAAAAAAAAAUCAUGCCCUUUUGUCAACAACGUAUGGACGGGGUGCUGGGAGAGGCUAUGGGUGGCACUUGAGCACAGGGGUUUUUUUGUUCAUUUGGGGUCAAAACCCAGCAGUGGUCAGGAGCUGCCGCCAGUGGUGCUAGGGGACUGUGUGGUGUUGGCAUCAAACCUGGAUGUCCCAUCUGCAAAGCAGACACUCCAGGUCUUCAGGCCAUCUCUCAGGCCACGCACAGGUUUCUGAGUGGUGCCCAGCAGAGAGGAACUGCUCGUCCAGGCGCCUGUGUCCCUUUUCAACUCCUCCUUAAUACAAGUCCUCCCCCGGAGCUAGGGUGCAGUGCCCACAUGCCCCACCCACGUACCUCACCUUUGCCCUCAUCCCGGCUCUCUCCCUUCCAGACCUGACCUGGGAGUUAGUACAGGACGGACAAAAUCCCUUUGACCCCGGUGGCUUUUACAUUUCAGAACCUACAGUGGCAUUUUGUAAAUAAAAGCUUUUGAGCGA